AUGGCUGCUGCAUUGCGUAUUUGCGAUGAUAUCACAAUACUUUGUGCUAGUGCAGGGCAAUUCAAGCCGUCGAUAUUUCUGAUAUUCUUGCAAACCAAUACCCCACCUGCAGCUCUUCUUAGAUUCAGAACGAUGAAAGUAUCCGUCCAGUAUGUUAUCAUAGUCACCCUCAUGGCGGUGACGUCCCAAGGAGCUACCAUACCAAGGGCAUUAUCAAGCCUGGAUGAGCCUAACGAGAGCUCCGUUAGCAAUGCUGGGAGCGCCUCCAUUGGGGGUUCCUACGCAUCCUCAUCAUUCUUGUUUUUCUCUUCCGCCAGCGUCUCAUCGGCAGCGAGCCACUUCCCCACUGGAUCCCCGUCAUCGUUCAGUGCGUUCCCCAGCGGCAGCGCUGCAUCAAUCAGUGCGUUCCCCAGUGGUAGUGCAGCAUCGUUCAGUGCGUUCCCCAGUGGUAGUGCAGCAUCGUUUAGUGCGUUCCCUAGCGGCAGCGCUGCAUCAGUCAGUGCGUUACCCAGCGGCAGCGCUGCUUCAAUCAGUGUCUUCCCCAGCGGUAGCGCUGCGUCGUUCAGUGCCUUUCCUAGCGGCAGCGCUGCAUCAUUCAGUCAAGUUCCCACCAGUAUUGCUUAUUCGGCCUUAUAG